UUGAAAGAAAACAAGUGACACGUUCUGUGUAUGUAGGAUAUUCUGUGUAUCAAGUGAAAUUCAUGAAUCACCGCCAGGUGAUUAUUCAAGGAUGAGAAGAGCCUGUCUAGACAAAUUGGCAAUAGAGGACAUUGUCCACCAAGUCCACUACGUCUACAGUAUACAGUGUAAGAGCUCGAAAAUUGCCACUAUAAACGUCCAAGUGUCAAAUAACUGCAAUGGAAAACGGAUCCAAUUGUAACAAGAUCGAAACAGAGAAGCAACGUCGACUACAGCAUAAAAUAGCUUGUAGUAAACUGUUAAGUUUGGUCGUCUCCCUUUUAAGCUUUCCGAAACCUUCAUUCAUCCUAACGUUCGAGCAAACUCUAAAGUUUGUGAUGGUUUGCAUAAUACGAUAUGUUAUGUAUCAUAAAAUUUUCGGCGUGGACAACGAUGGCCAAGAUGGGCAGAGAGGUUGUAUUAAGACGACUCUUAUAGCUUGGUCCGAGGAUGAUAUCGACAUAAUCGACUACGGAGAAGAAUUUCCAUAUCAGCCAAUUCAACCUGUUGGAUCCAAGUUGUCGGACGUUAUCAACCUCGAGAGUAGCGGGAAUUUAAAAAAAUCAUUGAUAAAUGUGUUCAAAGGUUUGAAUCCAUGGGAGUUUAAUCAUUUCGGUCCGGUUGAAUGUCUAAUUAAACCGGCACAGCAGAAGAAGAAAAAAUGGGCAAACCACGAAGAUGUUCCUCCUAUUCGCAUCAUGCUUACUGGCGUCCUAAUCCGAGGAAAUCUUUUGGAUUUCCAGCAAGUCGGCAAAGAAAACCCAUCGAGCGAGAGGGCGUGUAAAAGGGCGUUACAGCCACUGAAUAAUAAUGGUUUAAUCGCAGCAAAAAGGUGCAAGACUGGACCGCUACAGUCGAUGCAAACCAAGCCAAGAUUUUAUACCGCGUGGCUCUCAUUAAUUACCGGAAGGUUCACUCAUUUCUGCGAGAAUUUCGUUGCAGUCACCGGAAUUCACGAUGCUCUUAAUCGCUAUCCAACCGAAUUUCUUCAUCCUGACGAUGUUUUUUGGAGCCAAACAGCUUUCUAUCUGUGGACGAUGGGAAAAUGCAACGAGCCCUGUACUUACAGGCUAAAAAGGCAAAAUCCGGAUGGAUACAUCCACAUUGAGUGUGUAAUUCAGCUGACCAGGCAGCAUGAAAACACAGAAGUAAUUAACAUCUUAAGCACAGUCAAGGAAACAGGAGGAGAAAGUCUCAUACAGGACACUCAGAAACGACUCCAAAAUCAGUUGCUAGAGCUGUUGAAAUCAUGUAUCAAUAAGCAGGCGCCCCCACAUAGAUCCGGUGGCCAUCAGCUUAUGCCUGUCAGCUCUAACCAUCUGUCUAACCAAAUCGAGUGUUACGACAACACCUCGACUUAUAGUCGAAAUGACAUGACGAUAGGUCGAUCGUACAACGAAGCUCUUCAUCAAAAGGAAAUCAGACUGCUGACGGACAUCAACACUUCUCAAACGCCAGAACCUGUGUUCUACAGUACUGCGUUAUACAAUAAUUCACAAGAGAAUUGGAUUGCCGAUGCUGUCAGUCAAUUGCCUGUACAGCAACAGCAGCAGCAAUAUCCUGAUGCCAGCUGGCACAGCAGUCCAGAAAACUACCUUGGGAUGAGAAGUGACCCAAACUUGGUGGUGGCUCCUGGCGCAGCACUUAUUAAUUCAGCAAACGACGAUUUGUUUUCAUCCCUUUCACCAUCGGAAACAUUUUAUACAAGUCCACCAAUAACGUCGACUCCUUUUGAUAACAAUAAUCCAUACUCCGUUUAUUUCGAGCAAAAUGAAGCUAAUGAAACUUCUCGGCACUGCACGUAUAAAUUGUAAUAGACUUAGGUACAACUUGGUCAGUUCCAUAAUUUUGUGAGUGUAAUUUUUUAAAUGAUUGGAUUGUGUGAUUUGUUUACUCAUAUCUUAUUGUUUCUGUAUUGAUUUAUUCCUUUUUUGGCCUACGUGUCGGAGUGGCACGAAUAGGCAUUUAUAAUAAAUUCAGCCCUUAAAAUAUAUUUUCAAGG